CUGAGUGUUGCUGUGUGCAUUGGAUUUUUUGCUGCUUGGAGCCCUUAUGCCAUCAUUGCCAUGUGGGCAGCUUUUGGGUCAAUAGAUAAGAUUCCACCAUUAGCCUUUGCUGUGCCAGCUGUCUUUGCAAAGUCUUCCACAUUCUACAAUCCAGUUAUCUGUCUCCUCCUGAAGCCAAAUUUCCGAAACACCAUUGCCAAAGAUUUCACAAUUCUUCAACAGUUAUGCACCAGGAGUUGUUUUUGUGUCAAGGCACCACAGAACUACAGAUCAACUUUGAACACCAGCCUGAGAACAUUUAAGGGCAAAAAUGAAUCCAGCUGUAAUUCUCUGCCAGUUGUGGAAGAGGGUUCUUUUUUCCCCGGUGAAAAGCGCAGUGAUACAUUCAAAUGCUUUCAAAGCUACCCAAAAUGCUGCCAGGAGAGGCUAAGCGCUAUGGAAUACCCUCUUCAAGAAACUGUCCUCAGCGCAAAAUUGAGACAGGCCAGUGUAAAGUCAGUAAAGGUGGUUGUGUGGGCAGAAAUAAGGACUGAAUUCGAUACCUUGGAAAUCACCUUGGAAGCAGUACCUGUUCAUCAUACAUUUACAGACUCCUAG